CGAGAAUCCCAACAUGAUAACGCUGAAGGACGUGGACGACAAGGGUAAGAUAGCCUUCCCUUCUGACCUGGACCCGUGGCUGUGCAGCCGGUCUCAGAUCGCCUCCUACACCCGCAAAGCGCACGCCCUCGGCGUCCGCUUCAUGGGCAUCUGCUGCGGGAACGCCUCGCACUUCACCCGCGCCAUGGCCGAGGCGCUGGGCCGGCAGCCGCCCGCCUCCCGAUACACAGCCGACAUGAGCAAACACGCGUACUACGGCACCGACCCGACUCUCAUCGACUUCAACACACAGGAGGUCUGCAAAAACAAGUUCUGAACAAGUCAACAAUAAACCUGUACACAACA